AUGGCACCUCACCACCUCCAUUUACGACCCGUACGAACGGCAUCGCUGAAUCGGCAUGCUCCCUCGCCCACUAGCGCUCCGACGAGCGCUCCUAGAGAACUUUGCGCAACGACUUCUUCCAGCGCGAUAUCAUCAACACACGCGAUAUCAGGACGACUUCAUAAGCGCGGAGGCAGUAGCAACUCGAACAGUUCCUUACCAAGCCCUAUCCGGUCGCACUCACCCGAUAUCUCGUCCCUGCCUUCCGGCGUUGGACAAGACGAAGGCCGCCGUAGCCUCGACCUUGCCGUGCACUCCGCCCGCAAGCUGCGCCCCUACCUGCGCAGGCUCCACACUCGCGACGAUGUCUCUCUCGACCUCUCGGUGCCCGCGCCGGACCUGGACAGCCCGUCAGGGCUGGGCAUACACGAAUUCCGUGCUCCGCCACGAUCUGCCACCGACGUUACGUUCGCCGCGGCCGCUGCCAGACACCGCCACGUCCACAACCGCUCGACCAGUGGCAACUCGGAUUUGUCCAACUCUAGCGGGCGCCGACAGCCUACACAGCCUACCUUCCUGCGAAACACGCCGCGCCAGUUCAGCGACCUCAGCGAGCAUUCUCAACCACCCUCCAUCUACGACGAAGACUGCAUUGCCGAAGCUGGCGACAUCAUGUCCGACGACGAAUACCUCUACCGCCAACACGCCUACGACCCUCGUCGCCGGUCCGGUUCCAUGUCCUCGACGCCCAAUGCGCCUGCGCCGCUCCACUCGGCGUCAACCGGUUCCGUCAGUCGCCUUGGAAGCCGGUCACAGACCAGUCUCUCGAACCUGUAUGACCCUGCUCGGCAAAGACGGGACACGAUGAGGUCAGAGACGGCGACUUCGCCCAGUUCGCGUACAUCUCUUGAUAGAGCAAUUGGCUUCGUACGCGGACGCGAAUCACCCGUGGACCCCGCAUCGCGCGCCGCAUCAAUCCGCGCGUUGCGCGCCGAAUUCCAGGCAAAGGAAGAGGCCAAGGAACGCAAGGCGGAGAAGGAAGCGGCGAAGCGGCGGGAUCGCGAGGAGCGGAAGCGUGCCAAGCUGGAAGAGCGGCACCCCGGAAAGCCGGAAAUGGAAGAGAUCAACGAGAAGGCCGACUCCACCGUCGACGCUGGAGAGUACUCGUCAGCUCCUUCGAGUAAUGCAACAGCACACAACAGCGGCCUGCCGCCCUACGUCCUCCAAAGCAGCGCACCGAAGCCGCAGAGGAGCAACACAGCGGCCAAACGACCUCGGCCCCGGGUGAAGAGCCGGUGGGCAACAUUCGUUGCGUGGUUCCGCACGCGGCUGCUCCGGCUGAAGUGCAUAUGA